CGAUCCUUAUGCCAAUCAUUACCGCCCUGCAUGACGUAGAACGACUUCCUCUUUGCUUCUUCUAUCGACUGUUGUUCUUAAAAUGGCGCCGUUGGACCUGGAUAAGUAUGUUGAAAUUGCGAGACAGUGCAAAUACCUUCCAGAGAACGACUUAAAGAGAUUGUGUGACUAUGUAUGUGACCUGCUACUUGAAGAAUCAAACGUACAGCCAGUAUCCACUCCAGUCACUGUAUGUGGGGAUAUUCAUGGACAGUUUUAUGACUUAUGUGAACUCUUCAGAACUGGGGGCCAAGUACCAGACACGAAUUACAUUUUCAUGGGUGACUUUGUUGACCGAGGAUACUACAGCUUAGAAACGUUCACAUAUUUGCUAGCACUUAAAGCAAAGUGGCCUGACCGCAUCACACUGUUGCGUGGCAAUCACGAGAGCAGGCAGAUAACACAAGUCUAUGGCUUUUAUGAUGAGUGCCAAACAAAAUAUGGUAAUGCUAAUGCCUGGCGAUACUGCACUAAAGUAUUUGACAUGCUGACUGUUGCUGCUUUGAUAGAUGAGCAGAUCCUUUGUGUACAUGGUGGCCUUUCACCUGACAUCAAAACUCUGGACCAGAUACGCACCAUUGAACGCAAUCAGGAAAUUCCUCACAAGGGAGCAUUUUGUGAUCUUGUCUGGUCCGAUCCAGAGGAUGUGGACACCUGGGCUAUCAGCCCAAGGGGUGCUGGCUGGCUGUUUGGUGCUAAGGUUACCAAUGAGUUUGUUCAUAUCAACAACUUGAAGUUGAUUUGCCGUGCACAUCAGUUGGUUCACGAGGGCUACAAAUUCAUGUUUGAUGAGAAGCUGGUGACCGUCUGGUCGGCCCCCAACUACUGCUACCGCUGUGGUAACAUUGCCUCCAUCAUGGUCUUCAAAGAUGUGAACACAAGGGAGCCCAAGUUAUUCCGGGCCGUUCCUGAUUCGGAAAGGGUCAUACCACCUAGAACGACAACACCCUACUUCCUCUGAGGUCUUCAUUGUCGCCUGCGUCCAGCCCUCUCCUUUUCAUUAGAACAGAUCAGAAAGAAAAACCAAGUGCUGGUCAGUCUUCUCCAGAUUUCUCCAGAACAGUCACACUGUUCUUUUUCAUUGCUCUCAAGUGUAGAAAAGGGUUGAGGCGAUGACCAGACAACAGGACAAAGGAGGCUGUGAUUAUUUUGUACAUUAAUAUAAUUGUAUUGAUUUAAUCUUCUUUUUUUUCAGAUUUGUUGUAUUUUAUUAUUGUAGAAAAACGGCAGCCCAUUUACCAAUUAAAUAUUGAAAAUAAACGCCUUUAUUAUUAAGUUACA